AUGUACGCCGAGAACAGGAUUGGAAGAAGCGAAUACUCCAACGAAAUAUUCGUCACACUGCCUGCGAUAAAAGUGUACUCUCCGAGCCGUGUGGACUUCUCCGCAGACGACCGGUGCAUCACCAUCAUCCUUCCAUCCUUUCUCUACAGCACCACCGUCAGCCCAACAACUUCAUCCCCCGGCCCCGACGACAACAUCUCCAAUGUUUGGGGGAACUUCUGUGCUAGUGUGGACGUCUUCGAUGGUACGUCCUGGAUCACCGAGUACCCGUGCAUCAAGGAGAGGAAGAUCGACCUGAGUGGCAGCAAAAUAAAGAAAAUCACGCAGGUCCGAGUGUCCAUAUGUUCGGACGAGAGGCAUGAUAUUUGCAGCGAACAGAAAUACAACAGCGACAAUGGUGUGAACGUCAAGGAAUUGAAGACAAUAACUCAAACCGUGCACUUGAACGAGAAUGGAACGCUUCCUGGCAAGCCGUCCAAUGGCUACAUCAGCUACACGCUGUCCAGUAACAGAAACAACAGUUCGAAAAACAUCUUCAAAGUUGACAACAAAAUGAAAUUUCAAGCUUUAAAAUUUGAAAAUCUUGAACAAGCACACGUUAAACUCUGCAAGACUUACGAGUGGAAGCUCCAUGGUGAAGAUGACCAGCAACACGACUGGAAUGGUUCGGUCUGCAUGGCUUCAGUCCACAACUGCAACAACCACGACCACAACUGCAACAACCACGACCACAACUACAACAGCCACGACCACUAUGGCAACAACAACAGCAACAACAUCAACCUCGAUAAUUACAGCUUCGACAACGGUGAUUUUCUUGUCGGUUCAACUUUUGUUGACACUUGCGAGGCAUCGAGAGCGCCACCACCAACUUUCCAGAGCCCAAGCAUCAUUUGGCACCCCCAGCAGCAACAUCCCCACAACCACCAGGCACUCCCAUACAGCGCACAAUCUCCUUACAUUUCAGAGGACGAACACACAUCCACCAUGGAACUCAUCCACAAACCAUCCUUUCCAAUCACCCACAUGACAGAUGGGAGCAGCAGCACGCAGGGAACGAUAAAAAGUUUCAACUUGGUCAACCGGAGCAGCACGGAUGUCAACAAGCAAGCAAAAAUAAUCCACGAAGUCAUCGUAUGA